UCCGCCACAGUCUCCAUCUCUGAGUGCAGUUCCGUCUGUCAAACUUCGUGCUUUGUGACAAAUUUGUCAUUCUCACUGCAGGGCACAGACACCGAACACACUCCAGAAGAAGCAUGUUUAUCCACACAGGCUGUGCGAUGGUUUCUCUAGUCUUGUGCAUGAGCAUCACAAGUGCAGAAGGGGCGUGUCCUCCUCCGUGUUCCUGCAGCGGGGGAUUGGUAGAGUGCAGUAGGCGGGGCCUCACCACCUCAAGCAUGCCAGCAUCCUUCCCCACAGGCACCACCGAGCUGCGUCUCCAUGACAACCACCUGACAGCACUGCCCUCCGGUGUGCUGGAUCCUCUGCGUAACCUGCAAAAGAUCUCGUUGCACAGCAACCCUUGGUCAUGUGACUGUAGCAUCCUUUACCUUCGUGGCUGGCUUCUCAAGCAGAGGAAUGACGCCCUUAUAAGGAACGUGAGCUGUAGUUCUCCCCGUGCUCUCCAGGGAGCGCUGGUGGCGAAUCUGGUGGAAGAGGAAGUGCUGUCAUCGUGUCAGUACUGGUUCUGUGACUUGGCUCUGGCAUCCCAGAUCAGCCUCAUCAUCUUCAUUAUUAUCCAGGCCCUGCUGCUGGCCUCUGUGAUCUACUUCCUGCGUCGCUUCGAGCGGCUGUCCAAAGAGGCCCGGCGCACCGCGGAGGAGAGCAUCGCCGGGGGAAACGAAUAUGUCACGCUCAAGGACAGGGGCACCUGACGGGGUCCAAUAAUACCACAGGCAGAGGAAAUGGAGACUCCUGAAUAUUUAAGGCAAUACUGUACAGAGAGUUCCAUCAGGAUACCUCACUUGCACAUCAUAAAUGCAUUCUUUUUUAUUUUGCAUUUUCUGUUUUCACAGCAAGCCAUUAGAGUCCAACAAACCAUUUUGCCAUAGAAAUGAAAAAAUGUUGUAAUGUGAAUUGAUUUUGCUCUGAUACAUUUCCACAAGACUGUAAGAACUGUAUGAUGUGCAUUGAAAGGAAUUCCCUGUA